AAAUAACUCUAGAUCUUCACUCGUUCCCUUGAAGCAACCCUAGGGUCAGAUAUUGAAGACAUUCUGGUGAAUUACGUCUUGUCAACAUGGGUAUCAUAGAGAAGAUCAAGGAGAUUGAGGAGGAGAUGGCGAGGACGCAGAAGAACAAGGCGACGGAAUACCAUCUCGGGCUGCUCAAGGCGAAGCUUGCUCGCUACCGUGCGCAAUUGCUGGAGCCGGACAAGAAGAGCAGCGGUGGCGGCACCGGGUUCGACGUGCAGAAGUCGGGAGAUGCUCGAGUGGCACUGAUCGGCUUUCCAUCCGUGGGGAAGUCGACGCUACUGAGCAAAGUAACGCAUACGGCUUCGGAAACAGCUGCGUAUGAGUUUACCACUCUCACGGCCAUCCCUGGCGUCAUAGAGCAUCAAGGUGCGCGUAUACAACUAUUGGAUCUUCCUGGUAUCGUCGAGGGUGCCAGUCAAGGUCGUGGCCGAGGACGACAAGUCGUGGCCACCGCCAAGACGGCAGACUUAAUUGUCAUGAUGCUGGACGCCACAAAAUCGGAGGAGCAGCGAAGAUUGCUAGAAAUUGAAUUGGACGCUGUUGGCAUCCGUCUCAAUAAGCAAAAACCUGAUGUUGUCUUCAAGCGGAAAACGACCGGUGGUAUCACGAUCAACACCACCGUGAAGCUGACGAAGACUGAUGAGAAGACCAUUCGCACUAUUUUGGCUGGUUACAAGCUUCACAAUUGCGAUGUCAUGAUCCGAGAAGACAUCACGACUGACGAGUUCAUUGAUGUCCUGAUCGGCAACCGGAAAUAUGUCCCAUGUCUCUACGUAUACAACAAGAUUGACGCGAUCAGCUUGGAACGCAUGGAUCAACUCGCGCGGGAGGAUAACACCGUUGUCAUAAGUUGCGAACAAGAUCUAAAUCUCGACUACCUUAUUGAGCGCAUGUGGAGCGAUUUACGGCUUGUCAGGGUGUACACAAAGAAGCGGGGCGCCCACCCGGACCUAGAUGACCCGGUUUGCUUGAGGCAGGGCGCCACAAUUGAAGACGUCUGUAAUGGUAUCCACAGAUCGCUUGCCACCAAUUUCCGGUAUGCUCUGGUUUGGGGCAAAUCCUCGAAAUUCUCGCCUCAUGCCCAGAAAGUAAGUCUUACCCAUCUGGUCGCCGACGAAGACGUCGUAUCUGUUUUUACAAAGUGAACUGUCACUCCUGUCAACGCUGUCAUGUUCAAUCAUCCAUGUAUUUUAUUGUAAUUUUGAGUUUGAGUGCUUCACUGCUUGAAAU